UGAAAUAAUCCUUCAUAUUCACUCUGGCUUACGUCUCUUCAGUGGCAGGUCUUGGAGGGGAAAUUGGAGGAAAGAGUGAAGACUUUCGCUGAGACUCAUUUUCUGACCUUUCAGCAUGUAAAUGCAUUGGGGUUCUGAGCAACAUCUCUGGCGGACAUCUACGAAGAUGAGCAAUUUCAUCUAAAUUCAAGGCGUCAAAAGCACAAUGCUGUACCAGGUAUCGGUUCGCAACUUCUUACGCCAUGCUCUUGGUUGUCCUUUCAGAGCACGCUUUAUUGUCAAAGGGAGGUUUUUGCGCUGUCCGAUUGCGGCUGUAUUAACACAUUUUCUUUGUUUGUGAAUGUACUCUUCUCUCUUCUGCAAUGAAUCUUAAUACAGCCGGACAUAAAUGAAUAUUUCUUGUCCUAGGAUCAAUGUUCAAUCUUCCAUUUUUUCUCAUUUACUUGAUCAUCCACAAACAGAUCCCAGCCACUGAUCCCCAGCAAUGGCGGCCUGUAAUCACGAAAAGACCUACUCGAAAACACCACCCUCGCUGAGAUUCCUCAGCCACAACUUUCCCUAUAUAAUUCCGAACCAGGCCCUCAACAGAUUCGUCUCUCGGUGCAAACUCUGCGACUUGAUCGCCGCACAAGACCGCGCAACCAUCGCCGAGAAUCCACCACCAGGUAUCAACAUGGUGGAGGGCCUCGAGCGUGAUAUCGACUUGAUCGAGGAGAUGAUCGCCGCCGGGAUUGCAACUAAACAAGAAGAGGAAGAUUUGGGUGGGCUGAGGAAGGAACUAGAAAAUGCGAUCAUGUUCACGAACCUCAGGAUUGACGAGGCUUGGUUGCCCUAUUGGGAGAUUUGGGGACCAGGAGAUGGUCCAGAACUUCUUCUCGACUCACUUUUCGAUGAUGGUGAAGAUGUUAUUGAUUGGGGGGCUUGAGAACUUUUCGCAGUACAAUCUGAUGAGGUUGAAGGACUUUCGGUGCAUAUAGCAGCUUUCUUGCUUGGACGUGAGAAGGCUAAUGGCAAGUACCUUCGCAUCUUUUCAUGUAUAAGUGGUGUUUUAAGGAUCUCGAAGUCUAUGUCCUGAUAGAUAUGAUACUUCUUUACCCCGGAGAGGUAGUCUCAUAGAAUUUGAAAUAAGUGAAUGGUUUCUACGUUUUUGUUCUAUUAUGGCAGAUAAGAUGAAGUGUGGAUAUGAAAGACAAUCCAUAGACCCUUGGGAAUACAUGUUAUUGUUUGCCAAAUAGUGUGUCUGGUGUCCUCUGCCAUGUCUCAACAUGGUAUGCA